AUGGUAGAAGGGAUUGUUGCUACGUCUUAUUCAGCUGGUGACAAAUUUUACAUUGACCCGAGGAAACUGUUGCCUCUUGCAAGAUUUCUUCCACAACCCAAGGGUCAGGGACAGGUUGGUAGAGGUGGAGGAGGUCGUGGUGGAGGCAGAAGUGGCCGGGGAGGUGGUUUUCGUGGAGGAGGCAGUUUUCGUGGAAGAGGUGGCCCAAGGGGUGGUAGAGGUGGUCCUCCUAGGGGUGGUGGAUUCAGGGGAAGGGGAAGAUCGUAG